AUGCAGUCCGUGAAAGAAGGCCGAAUCACGAAAUCAAAAGCUAAACCUCGAACCAAAACCCGACGCGUCUCGAGCAAAAUGCCACUGGUCGAACGGACCAACGCACUAUCCAUUGACGAUUUCAUCGCUCAAUACGUGACUCCACCUACGCAAGCAGAAGAAGCUAAAAAUGAUGCGAUUGAUCAACCCCAUCUAUCCCAAAAUCAGGCCCAGCAGGAUAUGACCCUCCCGCCAAACGUGGACGUCUACUCCGCGGCAACGAUUCCCACCGCUGAUCUGGAAGCUUGUUUGAAUCUAAUCGAGCAAACAUCAAGCGAAGCCUACAUCGCGUCGAGUGCAGGCUGGUCGCGUACCAAGAAGUUAAAAGAGAUGAAGUUGCCCGAUAUGAAGUAUUUGAUUCUGCGGCCGAAUGAUUCUGGUGAUUCUAGCGGACAUCCGGAGAAGCAGAGCGAUAUCGUCGACAACAAUGCUGCGUCUCCACUGAAGAAAAGCGAUGACCCUGUUUCAUCAUCUGGUACUGCUUCGCGCAUUGUGCUAGGCUUCUUAUCGUUUAUGGUUACCUACGAGGAUGGAAAGGAGGUUGUUUAUUGCUACGAGAUCCAUUUAUCGCCAGCAGCACGGGGACGGGGCGUCGGGAAGUUGCUUAUGGGUCAGAUGGAGCGAAUCGGUCGUGCUGUCGGUCUGGAGAAGGCUAUGCUGACGGUUUUCAAGUCGAAUGAGGUUGCUCGACGGUUCUAUGACAGGCUUGGAUAUGAGAUCGAUGGGUAUUCCCCCCGACCGCGCAAGUUGCGCAAUGGGACUAUCAAGGAUGUGGACUAUUUGAUCUUGUCGAAGAGAUUGAAAUUGUAA